UCUUUUCUACCUAAGGCCGACUUGGAGGGAAGUCAACGCUGUGAAGAAGUAACAGAAAUAGUAAAGGAGGGUAAAACCGCAACUACCCCAAAAAGCUGCCUCAGGAGCAGUGAAGUGUCUUCAUGGCAGUUCGUCGAGGACACAAUAAGUACAUGAAAGCUGACCUGCAGGAGGUGUUUGAGAUGUCCAACGGUUAUGAAGAUCACAUGGGAGGGGACGAGGGGAAGGAUGCCAAGACCAACCUGAUAGUGAACUACCUGCCUCAAAGCAUGACACAGGAUGAGCUGCGAAGCCUUUUCAGCAGCAUCGGAGAGGUGGAAUCUGCCAAGCUGAUUCGAGACAAAGUUGCAGGCCACAGUUUAGGGUACGGAUUUGUUAACUAUCUUAACCCUAGUGAUGCAGAAAGAGCUAUCAGUACUCUGAAUGGACUAAGGCUACAGUCCAAAACUAUCAAGGUUUCAUAUGCACGACCCAGCUCGGAUACAAUAAAGGAUGCCAACCUGUACAUCAGCGGCCUGCCCAAGUCCAUGACACAGAAGGAUGUUGAAGACAUGUUUUCACGUUAUGGACGGAUCAUUAAUUCUCGGGUACUUAUUGAUCAGUCCACAGGUACGACAGGUUCAUCCCGCGGAGUGGCUUUUAUCCGGUUCGACAAGAGAGCGGAGGCCGAGGAGGCUGUCAAAAACCUGAAUGGCCAAAAACCUCCAGGAGCCUCCGAGCCCAUCACAGUGAAAUUUGCUGCCAACCCAAACCAGGUGAAGAACACUCAGCUCAUCUCUCAGCUCUACCACAACCAGUCCAGACGCUUUGGAGGACCCCUACACCACCAGGCACAGCGGUUCAGGUUUUCUCCCAUGAGCGUUGAUCACAUGGGUAGCAUGGGAGGUGUGAGUGUCCCUGGGAACUCUACCUCUGGCUGGUGCAUCUUCAUCUACAAUCUUGGCCAGGAUGCAGAUGAGAGCAUCCUUUGGCAGAUGUUUGGGCCGUUCGGCGCCGUCACCAACGUCAAGGUGAUUCGAGAUUUCAACACCAACAAGUGCAAGGGUUUCGGCUUCGUUACCAUGACAAACUACGAGGAGGCAGCCAUGGCCAUCGCCAGUCUGAAUGGGUACCGGCUUGGAGAUAAGAUGCUGCAAGUGUCCUUUAAGACAAGCAAGGGCCACAAGUAGAUAAACUUGGACAAUCGAGUGUGGAGGAGUGCAAGAUAUGACCUGUGUCAGGCUGUUUUUUUUUUUUGUUUUGUUUUGUUUGUUGUUUUUUUUUCUUCUUCCACAGAAAACUGAAUUGAGUUUGCAAAGUCGUCUGGCAAGUCAGUUUUAGUUUUACCUUAUUCAGAGUUAAAUUAGAAGUUCGAUCUUCUGCACCUUUGUACCUGUUUAAAGAGUGUCUAGUUCUUUUUAUUUUUUUGUUUUUUCCCUUCUUUUCCUCCCCCGCCCCAUGAUUAUACUCUUGCUUCAGGCUUGAGAAAAGUUUUAAUUCCUUUUGGGUGUGGAUGAUGUUACUCCCAAAAUAACAUUUUUGAAAAUUAUCUAUAAAGCUAAAAAGUUUCUGUAUGUGUUGCAUGCGUAACUCUUAGAAAAACAUAAGGAUGACAAUGAUUUGUAGCUGGGCACCGAGAAUACAAAGAAAGGAAAAAAAAAAAAAAAAAAGUCCUACAAACUGUCCUUUAAGUGUCAACAUUUUAGUGGAUAAUGUAGUGCAAAGAUGUGAAAACCAGUUUUGUUGCCUCCCCCCUUUCCGCAGAGCUAGUGGUCAUUUCACUUCUGAGAAACAGCGCUUUGUCCUGUAUCAACUCACUUAUAGAAAUAGAUGCCUUAAUUUAUCACCCAUUGGACCCAGAUAUUCCUAUACCACCUGGAAUUUUAAAGUACAAGAGCAAAGCACUUUAAAUCUGUUUGAGGUUUUGCUGAAUAUCAGUCUAUUUGACAUUAAUCUGAAAGUUUUGCUCACCCUCUUACCAACUGUUUUUAAAAUGAGCUUUGGAAGGAAAUGUCUUUGUUUGGAUGUCCCAGUAUGAAACGUGUCUUUUUAUAAUCCGUUGCAUUACAGAAGUCUUGUUAAAAUUUAAAAUGGAAAGAAAAAAAGAGUGAACUUGGAUGGACCAAAGUCAAAAGGAGAUUUCAUUUUAUAAACCAGGACGUUUUUCUGAUCCAGUUUAUAGAGCAUAAAUUUACACAAUCUUGUUUUCCUUUUCAAAGAGGUACUGAUGCUACAACUGAUGCUUUCUGAGAGCAGCAUUACUGUUUUGUUUUUUUCAUUGAGUUUUUUUUCUUUUUUUUUUAUUUCUUUUUCUUUGUAGAACGACGCAUUUGUUUCAGUAUAAGUUACAAACUUGUUUAAUUCAGUGUUUAUCAAGUUUGGAGAGUAAGUAAUGGCCUUUGUUAUUGAUUUUCAGUUGAGGUUUUGCUUUAUUUUCUUUUUGUUUUUGGUUGUUUCAUUAUGAAAAUAAUCCAUUAAAUUUUAUUUCAUUUUGCUGAAAGUUUUGUUUGGUUUAUUUCUUUUUUCUUUUUCUUUUUUUUCCUGUUUUUUUGUUUUAAUUUGAUUUGAAGUUUUGUUCUAUUAUUUUCCAGUGUACAAAAUAGAUCCCAGAUGCAAAAACAGGCCACCACAGAAAGUAUCUCAAAUUUUUCAAAGGUUAUCAAAAAGUUAAAAAUGGACCAAGGCCGUUUAAAAUGACAGCUUUCAGAUUAUUUAAAGUGUGUAGAGACACUAGAGAAGGGAUCAGCUGUUUCUACAUACAUUUGAAUUAUGGCCAAAUAAGUAUAAGCUGCUGAAAGACAAGGCAGCGGACUUGAGAUGUGUAUGUUUGCAGUACUAGCAAAGCUGUUUUUUUUCACUGGGUAUGUCCUUUAAAUCAGCUUUUAAUGCGUUUGUGUAAAGAAGGUGAUGUAUGUUGAGCACAUAAUCAGCUUCCAAGUGUAGUUAAGUAGAGCAGAAUUUAUUGUAUAUGAGAAACAUUUCAGAUAUUAAUGACUGUGUCCCAACCCUUCUGCUCUACGAGGUUUAUUUUAAUGGUUGGCGACCCAAUAGUGUUCAGUUAUUUAAAGAAAAAAAUAACUAAAUAAAAAUAAAACAUAUUCUUAUGACACUCCUUUUUUUUUUCUCCAAGUUGGCUAAAAGUUGGGCAAUCAAUAGAGAUACUACGACUCUUAUUCAGCGUAUGCAGUUAAUGAACAGGCGAACAGUUUAAUUCUCUAGGUAGUUUUAUUUUUAACCAGCAAUAGUUCAACUGAUUCAUCACUGGCUGCCCAUUUAAACUUUGUGGCCUGUUUUAAAGGAGUGUUUAGAUUACAAGCUUCAGACUGCGGUCUUAAAAGUGCGUUCAGACUUAGAAUUUACAUGUUUUGUGUAACAGUCCUUAACUUUGUGCAAUAUUUCACAACUUGCUGAAAGCAAGUAAUAGAAAUUUGUUAUAGUGUUGGUCUGUCUUUUUUUUUUAACAGUUUUUCUACUGACAUGUUACUGCUUGGUUUUGUUGGCAGUUGUGUUCAAAGUGUACGAAAGAUUUCGUUAAGGUUUUAGGGGGCAGUCGAAAUAAACUGCAGUCUGCCUUAAUUUA